GGGCCCGGAAGCGGCAAUUCCUCUUGUUUCAUAACCACGACAUAGCUCUCGAAGCUAGAAUCUCCUUUGCUGCUUUUGUUCUCUUGAUUGUGGCUUCUCUUUCUUACUAUUAUAUUUAUCAAACCGUCUUUCAGGCAGCUGUCCAUAUUCUGGCGAUAUUGAUCGCCAAAACCCACCAUAGACAACCAUGGCUUCGAAACGCAAGGGUGAUGAAUCACAUUCUUCAGAGAUGACUGGAAGGGAGAGGAAGAAGCAGAAGACGGCCAUGGCGCGUACUAUUGCGGUACAACCAAUUCCAGGAGGUUCUGGCUCGGGUUCUGGGACUCCUCGACCUCAAACAGUCAAUGUCGCCGCUGGGCCAUCUAAAGGGGUCCGAUUUGAAAAUGUUAAACAGUUGCCUGGAUCUCUGGACGUUGAGAGGUUCGCGGAGGCAAGAGCUUUUGAGAUCAACGCUAUGCACAACGCAAUGCUGAGCGCAAGAGAUAGCGCAACUCAGCGUGCAUGGCAACAACUACCCCGGCAUCUGCGUCGCAGGGCAGCUAGUCAUGACGUUAGACGCGUCCCUUUGAGACUGCGCGAUAAGGCUAGAGCUGAGAUGGAUUCAAUCAGUCGCAAGAAAAAGUCAUUGCCGAAGAGAGGGAAAGCUAAGCGAUUGUCUCGCACAGAAACUUUCCUGAAACGCCAGAAGGAUAAGACUUGGCUGGAAACACAUCUUUGGCAUGCCAAACGAAUGAAGAUGGAAAAUAUGUGGGGCUACAGACUGGCCGUUCAACCAACGGAGAAGGCAUUUAGACCUUCUCAUCGAGCAGCAGUCCAUGGUUCUAUUCUACACGACGCGUCAUAUCAUGGUUUCAUUGAGCUGAAAGGCCCCGAAGAUGUUCUACGGACCAUUCUGGAAAGCUGCUGUGAUGCACAAGGUCCAAGCCCAGGCGCAAAAAGAUUCUUGACAGGUGCCCGCGCAUGCGACACCCACUUUUACAAACGCGGAGCAUAUCCUUUCGAGCUCAUUGCUCCGGUCACUAUCAUCUGGCAACCUAUACCAGUCACUGCAGACGACCCUCACAUGGAUGUGCAGGUCAAUUUACAAUCAAGCGAGGCAGGCCCUUCCAAAGGGCGCAAACGCAAAGGAAAGUCUAAAGAGAAGGCAAAGGAGAAAGAAUCCGACAGCCAGUCUCCGUCGCGACGUGUUUGGCUUAAAGUCCAUCCUUCCGUCUUCCAUGAUGUAUACGUCGAAUUGCGAGACGCGACCUCUUUUGCUCUGGAGGCGGUGAAGAAAGCUGCUGCUCCUGGAGAUCCGGCGUGUGUCGUGGAGAUGGCAGAUUUGAGGAAUAAGCUGAAUGUGUUUGAGAUCAUGGGUCCGAAAGCUAGUCAAGUAAUCAGAGGCGCGUUGAGGCCGGUCUUGGAGGAUAUAAGAGAGGACUUCAAGAAAUUUUGGGAAACACUAGGUGACCUGCAAACAACGGCGUCUCUGCCGCGGAAUAUGGUCAUUGGGAUGAAAGUGAAUGAUCCUCGACUCACAUUCCCUCCGAAGAACGCUAAGGUGCACCUCGACAUGUCAGAUCCUUCACCGUCUACCUCAGCGGCAGCCGUGUUCCCCACGUCCGUCAUUGCCCAAAGCGAGAUCUGGGACGAGAAAGUGAGGAAUCCUUUGCAAAAACCUCGGUACAAGAAGAAAGACCUAGACGAGAGACGCUCGAAGAAUGCUAUUCCGGGUACUCCUCUGCAAGCAAUAAGGCAGGACGAUUGUAUACCCAUCAUGCUCAUUCAACGAUCCGUUGAGCCACCAGCCUCUCCUUCCACAUCCACCAACCAUUUGGAUUCUCUUACGUUGCACGGCUGGACACUUAUCUUACCAGCUGGAUGGGCCAUGCCAUUCUUCUCAUCACUCACGUACACCGGUACCCGAGUCUCAGGCCAACGUGAGCGAGCUGCACAAUACUUUGAAGCCUCCCGUCCAAGUUUCCCUCGUGAUUAUCCUGCCACGGAAGCGUAUAAUGACUAUGCCGAAGGCAGAGAAGAUGAAGAGAGGGAAAGAUGGGAGAGAAAGCCUCCAGCUAAAAGAGUGAACUAUGCCAAAUUAGGCAUUAGAAGUCCCUUCAGGCCUGACUGGGGAGUCGUGCUUGGGCUCGAGAGCUCGAAGAAAACACAAGGCGAGGGAGAAGGAAUGGAUGAAUCCGAGGAUCUCAUUCCUGCUCAGAGAGAAGAACAUGAUCCUAAUAUUAUAAUUGAGCCGCACCCUAAUGAAUCGGAUCUCGCACAUGUAACCAGGGCAUUCGCCCGAGAUGCUCGGGAGUCGAACCAACCUCGGUCAUGGCUACUACAGGGACCCGCAGUUCCCGCGGCCCUCGAAGCUGCUUCUUCGAUGUUCAUCCGCUCCUCCGGCCUCUUGCAGCACCUGAAUGCCCUUCGGGCGAAGAGGCACCUAGGACCGCUUGACCCAAAUAUGAAAGCGGAAGACAUAUGGAAGGUCGGCUUGAUCAUGGUGAAAUUAAGAAUGUGUGGUCGAGGGAAGCCUGAAGAUAUGGGUGUGAUUUACAAGUUAACCGACGACGAAUGGAAGAAUGCGAUAAAUAUGGAACAGCAGCGCAAACGAGGCAUCCCAAUAUUGGAUGAAGACGACGAGGAAGGGAAGACGUCGAGUGCCAUCCCGCCGGAGAGUUCCAUAAUCGGUUACAUCACAGCAGGCAACUUCUCCUUGUCUCUCGGGGAGGGACAUGCAAUCGGAUGCAUUCCUCUCUCUCAGUUGUUUGACAUCAAAGAGCAAGCGAAGAGGUGCCGAUUUAUUUCCUCGUGUGGUCUUAUCUAACUGACUUUAUUCGACUUUCUAUCAGGCUCGGGCAUGGUGGUCCACUACUUGUGCAUACGAGGAAUCGAGAAGGGCUGGUAUGCAGAGUUGCUUACUUGGACGUUCUUGAUAGUUGACUGAGAAUUGUGAAAACGUUGAGCAUACACUGGGUAACGUCCUAUAAUAGACCCUUAUCGGCUAUUUUUGGAUCGCCGAUCCAGCGCAAGAUGGUACGGGGCCGAAUACACUGUAAUGCUAUCCGGUGAUCGACGGAUAUGUCGAUCCCAAUUCAAACCGGCAAAUACUAACUAUACUAAGUUACUUGGUACCACAGUUGCUCACCGGAUGCCGUAUGCAAUCUCCAUAGCCACAGGUUGGGAACGCAUGCACCAAGGGGCGUGAAGCUUCUCCGCAGUAUUGGCCCCGCUAGUAACUGUGAGUAACUGUGACGGAGACAAGGGCUAUGUCAUUUGCUUCGUGGCGUGCGUGCGGAGCGCGAACUUUACUUCCUCAGAAGGAUGAGAUUACAAUACUUCUCUAUUUCUGGGCUUCGUUGGAAUCUUUCUCCAGGCACUCCAGCUCGGCAGUCUGGUAACUCCUGUACGCGUGCUUCCAAUUCGCGUCCAGGUGCUGUCCAUGAUGGUAUGUUAUCACACUGCGAACCCUCGCCUUCUCUCGCCGGAGUUCUCUCUAUCAAGGGCUAUGACGAC